ACUAGCAGCAAACUGCCGCAAGGAGGGGUUAUAGUGACUUCCUCCCGUGACCUCUUUGACGAGCAGUCAUCUGCGUAUAGGAAUGACAAGCAUCUCAAUACUAAGUUGCGGCGGUAACGAUGGUUCUUGCCUGAAAGUUUGUAAUAAGUUUUCGGAGCCGUUUACCGCUCUGUGGAAGAGGUGAAAUGAGCCUUCAAACGAACCGACCGAGAGGACUUAACCGCCGAAGUUGUUUUGGGACCGCAUGAUUGUUGGUUUGGUGGUGGUCCAUUGAAAGAAAGAAAUGGGCCAGACGUCCGUCUCCACCUUGUCUCAAAACGCCAGUGUUGAUGGACUGGAAAAAGCUUCCCUGGCGAACUGUGAUGUGGUGGUGGGGGGCACUCAGGCUCCACAGCUGAAGCAGAAAGGCAAGCUCUCCACCCUGGGCAAAAUCUUCAAGCCCUGGAAGUGGCGCAAGAAGAGAACCAGUGAAAAGUUCCAGGAUCUCUCAAAAGUUCUGGAGAGGAAAAUCUCCACAAGACAAAGCCGGGAAGAGCUGAUAAGACGUGGCGUCCUCAUUCCUGAUCAAGAUGAUGCAGUGGCAUCUGAGACUCUUAAUGGCCAUGCCAUGCCAAGUGUGACCAUCGAGGAGGUUAAAGUCGACAUUGAGGCAUUAGAGACACCCAGUGACGAAAAAGCUGAGCCGGAGGCCAAUGGUGAUGAGAGAGCAGAUAUGGGUGCCGUGCCCCCUCUCUGUACCCCCCCCAAAGAAAAGAGUGAGCCUAAGGCCAACCCGAAGGGACCUCAGUCCAGAACACGAGACCCCCUCGCUAAAAAACACCCAAGCGCUCCUCCCAAGUUGUCUGGGGGAGCGGGAGCGACUGGGAGACGGGGGGACGGGCAGGGGGUUGUUAAAAAGCUUCCCAAAACCACAUCAAGGCAGGGCUCCACUGCACCACCCAAACAAACCCCUCGAAACACUAACACGCGCGGGAAUGCCAAGUCAGCGAAUCAGAAGAAGACAGGGGCUACAUCCAAGGGCAGCUCUCAGCCGUCUCAUUCAUCUACAUUAACUGCCAAGGCAAAGACUGCUAAAGAGAAAGGAGCGGAACAAUCCGGAACAGCUGAGAGUAAAUCUGGCAAGAAAAGAGACCCCUCCCGAUCACCCAGAGCGCCCAAGGCCUCAGUUGAAACGGAGAGCUCAGCCUCUGAGGACUCUGGGAAUGGAAAAAUUGACCAAAAGCAGGUGUCCUCCAGCGCAAAGGAAGGACCUCUGCAGGACAAUACAACAGAGGCGGGAGGGGAUAAGAAGGGUGAGACGGUGACAACAACAGAUGAACUUGAACAGAAGAUGGUUGGCCUUGUCACCGAGGAAACAUCUUUCAGCGAACCCCAGAACGAGACUUUCUCUGACUGCCUGGAGAAACCAGUGAGCACAAAACAAAAUGGCUACCCCGAGAAUGCCACCAACCACACACCAGAAAAUAAACAAAGAAGUUGUGAGGAAGGUGAGAGACCACAGACAGUGAACGUGGACAACCCUGAGGUGACGAUCAUCCCCAGAGACAACAAUCACAGAGAUAGCCAAUCUACAGACUCGGAUGACUCAGAUGGGCCAAUUCUCUACAAAGACGAUGAGGAGGAGGAAGAUGAUGAAGAAGAUGAAUACACUUCUAAUUCCCUUGCCUGUAAAAUCAAGAGGCGGGACACGCUGGCCAUUAAGCUGGGCAACAGGCCCAGCAAGAGGGAGCUGGAGGAGAAGAACAUCCUGCCCCGCUCCUCUGAGACGGAGAGGCAGGAGCUGUGGCAGCAGAUCGGCAGCAAGCUGGUCAGGCGUCUGAGCCAAAGACCCACCACAGAGGAGCUGGAACAGAGGAACAUCCUCAAACAGAAGAAUGAAGUGGAGGAGCAGGAGGCCAAGCAGGAGAUUAAAAGAAGACUCACAAGGAAGCUGAGUGUGAGGCCCACGGUGGCAGAGCUGGUGGCUCGGCAGAUCCUGCGCUUCAAUGAGUAUGUGGAGGUGACAGACGCCAAGGACUACGACCGCCGCGCCGACAAGCCCUGGACCAGGCUAACCCCAGCCGACAAAGCUGCUAUCCGUAAGGAACUGAAUGAGUUCAAAAGCAAAGAGAUGGAGGUGCAUGAAGAUAGCAAGCAGUUUACCAGGUUCCAUCGACCGUGAGAUUGAGCUUGUUGACAGGGGUCGAGAGGCUGAUGGUGGCUUCCCUCGUCUCGAUCAGCCGUCUCUAAUCCCCGCCACUGAGGAACUGACUGCCGAAGCUCAGACUGGCCUCUUCUCCAGCACGAAUGCCCAUUUUCCACGGACCUGCUCGCUUCUCCUGAAGACCAACGGCGGAGAAGGAACCAUGUCUGAAGGGAACCCUCUGAGCGGAGCAGAAAGAAACUGAAAUGAGUCUGGACUUAUUGCAGGCACUUCGAGGGUGGGGCAUGGGUGUCCUGGCCACUCUGGAGAUGAACCUGCUCCAGGAAGCAUUGUGCACUUUUCUGUUCGUUUGUUGGUUUGUUUGUUUUCUUCUUAAGGUGGCCCAGUUUUGUUUCACCAUAAUUCCUGAAAUAUGUGAUGGUGUUGGCUACAUUCACCACACACGCACACACUCAAACUCUCUCUCUCUCACACACACACACACACACACACACACACACACACACACACACACACACACACACACACACACACAGACACACAGAUGCAUACUGCCAGAAUCCCCACUCUCAACAGUGCAUUGUAUAAUGUAUGUAUAAUGUAUAAUAAACUGCUGAGGGGGGAAAUAUCAGGGGACUUUUUUUUUUUUAUUGUAUAUUUGUCCAUUAUUCCAUUUUAAGUAUCUGCAGUAUUAUUGCUCUGAAUGGAAGAAUAUCCUCAGAUAUUAGUGCAUGUGAAAAAGGCUUUUUAACACUGUAUGUUAUUCCCAGCCUCCCUCAUUUAGGCAAAGCUGGACCGAAGAUGAAGGCAUUUUUAAAAAACCCUCUUUAAAAACUGUAAGCGUUUCCUUCAAUGUAAUUGGCUAUAAUUGUGUUUAUCUUUCGCCUUCUGCCUUAUCUCUGAGGCUCGGUCGAUGUAUUAGCUGGAGCUUCGUCUGAAUGUGUGUUUGUGCCACGGCUGUAAUGGAACAUAUCUAGUGUGUUGGGGAAGGGUCGGGGAUGGAGUGGACAGUGUGGGUCCAGUUCAGCCAUCCCUCUCCUUCCCAGAUGCGGAGGGGCAUGUGGGUGCCUCCUAAAUUAACACUCCAGUGUACCCCAUUAACACUCCAGUGUACCCCAAUGAAUCGUUCAAAAUGUCAAACCCUGUGAACUCUUCAACUAUUCCUUUGCUGUUUUCUGCUCAAUGACAAUGCUUGACUCAACCUGUAGAAAAGCUUUACUGCCACCACUACUACAACGAAUGGAGGUAUUUGUUGAUUUUACUCUAUUGAAAAGUGGCUUAAAAUCCUUAAUACUUGUGUCAGUUUUUGAAAGUAUUAUUUUUAAUGCAGAUAAGUGAUUGAGGAAGAGAGGAUUUUAAAUUAUUGUAAUUUUCUUUUUUUUGUACAGAAUGUAAGUAUGAAACAUGUCAAUACACCAACCUUGCUGGCA